AUGUCGGACUGUGACACCGCGGCGCUCGCUGCCUUGCAGCAGACUUUAGAUGCCUGCGAGGGGUCACCCUUUCAAACGGCAGUCCUUCCGUGCAGGCAGGAGGAAGGGGAAGAAGUGCGCCCAGCGCCCUUUGAAGGGCCGCCGCCGUCCCCUCCUGCAGCGGCGCAGCUCCCGACAGUGAAGAGGCACAGGACAAAUAACACUGCCAUUCUUCCACACGUAUUUUCACCGGAUCGACUCCGCAUGAAAACUUACCUGCUACAUAAGGAAAUUCAGGCUCUCAGCAUGCAGCACGAACGCCGGCACGAACGGCUGCUGAGCAUCAGGGCUUCCCGGUCCGCCUCACGGUCGUUUAUGCGGACUGGGAACACUCAUUAUUCUGGCAACGCACCUUUCACACCGCGUUCGUCCAAUGUGUUGCCUGACCACGCACAUUUGCAGCACAAGAAAGAGCGGGGACCUGCGUUACCCAACCUGCUCAAGUGCUUUGAGGAGGCCCGGACGAGGUACCUAGUGGAGGGGGAGCGCAGAAAGAGGGCUAUGCCUCCCGUCUACUCAUCACAGAUACCGCGAACUGCGGAGGCCGCGUGGCAAAGGCAGGACCGAAACCUCAUGAAGAACCCCGAUGCGUUUGGGCUUCGAUUCUUCAGUCAGUCAUACCUUAAGGAGGCGGGUCAGCUGUAG